AUCUCAUCGAAGAGUAGAUGACACUCCUCGCUUCACCCCUACACAUAAAUACAAUGUUUGGGAAGAUGAUCGCCGUAGCACUGGAGCUACUCCUAGAUUCUCCAAAGGAAAACGUUCUGAAGAUGACAAGGAAUCACGAUUUCCUUCUGAAGUUGACAAGGAGGAAUGGGAAGAAGAACAAAAGAGGCUGGACCGAGCUUGGUAUGAUAUGGACUCUGGUUAUGAUGAAACACAUAACCCUUUUGCUGACGUCAGUGAUGAAUACACCAAGAAAAAAGAGGAAAACAUGGCCAAGAAAGCAGUUAAGAAGAUGUCAGCACAACAGAGGCAAAUAAACAAGGAUAAUGACCUCUGGGAGACCAACAGGAUGUUGACAAGUGGUGUGGUGCAGAAGUUAGAUGUUGAUGAAGACUUUGAAGAUGAUCAAGAAGCCAAAGUCCACCUGUUGGUGCAUAACAUAGUGCCGCCUUUUCUUGAUGGACGCAUUGUCUUCACAAAGCAACCAGAACCGGUCAUUCCAGUCAAGGAUUCCACUUCAGACAUGGCUAUGAUUUCAAGAAAAGGUUGUCAUGUUGUACGUGUUCACCGAGAACAGAAAGAACGACAGAAGUCGCAACACAAACACUGGGAACUGGCGGGAACAAAACUUGGCAACAUUCUGGGUGUUAAACAGGAAGAAGAUGAAGAUACAAAACAAGACGAGGAAGAAGAUUACAAAGAUAAUCAGAAGUUUGCUGAACAUAUGAGAGAUAAAAAUGAAGCCAGCAGCGAGUUUGCUGCGAAGAAAUCAAUCAAGGAACAAAGAGAGUAUUUGCCCAUAUUUGCGAUUCGAGAAGAGCUUCUUAACAUCGUGAGAGACAAUCAGGUUGUUAUUGUGGUUGGUGAAACAGGUUCUGGAAAAACAACACAGCUUACUCAGUACAUGCAUGAGGAUGGAUACACAAAUUAUGGAAUGAUUGGUUGCACACAGCCUCGUCGAGUGGCUGCUAUGUCAGUUGCUAAGCGCGUCAGUGAAGAGUUUGGCUGCAGACUUGGUGAGGAAGUUGGUUACGCCAUUCGAUUUGAGGAUGUCACUUCCGAGCGCACAAUGAUCAAGUACAUGACAGAUGGUAUUCUUUUGCGAGAGUCUCUCCGUGAGUCAGAUCUUGAUCAUUACAGCGUCAUUAUCAUGGACGAGGCGCACGAACGGUCGCUGAACACAGAUGUCCUCUUUGGUCUUCUUAGAGAGGUCAUUUCUCGCCGAAGGGAUAUGAAACUGAUUGUUACCUCUGCAACCAUGGACGCUAAAAAAUUCGCCGACUUUUUCGGGAAUGUUCCUACAUUUCAGAUUCCAGGUCGAACUUUUCCUGUGGACAUACUUUUCAGCAAGAAUGUUGUCGAAGAUUACGUGGAUGGCGCUGUGAAGCAG